CCUUCGCACGCCGGGACUGGAGCGGCGGGCAGCGAGGUCGAGGCGUCCGGCGCCCCCGAGCCUGCGCAGUGCGAGCCGAGCGCCAGUCGCGGCUCCCGGGACCGAAGAUGGCGGACGCCGGCGGUAGCGGCAGCGGCAGCGGGACAUCCCUCAGGGGGAUGCGAGAACAGUUGGUUGCCGCAGCCCAAGCAAUUGCUGAAGAGAGAAGAAACCAAAGUGGCAGUGCUACUGUUCUACCCCAGCCUUCAAAUAUAAAGUCAUCAACUAAGCCAGUGAUAGACGGCUCCGUUCUGAGAUCUGAUGAAAGGCAAAGACUGGCAAGAGAGCGCAGAGAGGAGCGGGAAAAGCAAUAUGCUUUUAAAGAAACACAGCUACUUGAGAAAGAGAAAAAGGCAAAACUCCAAUAUGAAAAGCAGAUGGAAGAACGACAGAGAAAGAUAAAAGAACAGAAACAGAAAGAACAACAGCGACGAGCAGCGGUGGAAGAGAAAAGGCGGCAAAAGUUAGACGAAGAAAAGGAACAUUAUGAGGCAAUGGUUAACCGUACUUUGGAACGUAGCAACCGCCUGGAACAGCGACAGAAGAGAUGGUCAUGGGGAGGCUCUGUAACACCAGAUUCAGACAGCAAAUCUGGUCUGUCGAGUGCUACCCCACCCAAUCCUGUAGAUUUAGUUGACAAACUCCCUUCUUCCACAGAGCCGCAGACUGCAGAAGAAGGUGGAUCCAGUGGCAACAAAUAUGCUUCAUCUACAAUGAAUCUCAAACAAACAGAAUCCAUUAUCAAUAAACGUUUGUCUUCAUCUUCAGCAACUCUCCCGAAUUCUGACAAGACUCGGCGCUUUCAGAUCAGUGCUCUGGAGAAUAGUAUAAUCAAUCGCCUUCUCGCCCCUACACAAGCCUCUUUAGCUAAAAGCAAAAGUGCUGCUGUAUUAUCUGCUGCUGGAAAAGAUUCCUCAGAAUUUCACCUCUGUCCUCGUUCAGCUGCCUCCAGUACUAUCAGCUACCCACUGCAGGCCCCCAAAAUGCCCAUGCGCAGCCGCAGUAUUGACAGACCGAAGACUUCCAUGGCAGCUGUUUCAACAAAUGCUACAGGUUCUAUGCAGAAGUCAGAGGUGGACAAGUAUGCAUCAGCUCGUGCUGCAAGGCGAGCUCCAUCACCAUCUCUAUCAACUCGUAAGAGAUCACCUUCACCUGCUAGCGUUAAGCGUCCUCCAUCUCCCUCUACAUCGAACAGACUAACUCAGAGAAGUCGUCCACCAUCUCCUAUUACAUUAAAACAGCAGCCGUCAUCUCCCAUCUCUAUGGUAAAAGCUGCUUUUAAACCUGUUCAACGCCCCUUGAUCACACCAACUGUUACAAGUAUUACCAAAAAGAGUAGGAUGCCUGAAACAGAUAGCAAACCAAAGGAUGUAUGUGAAGAAGACAGAAAACAAGAAAAACGAACAUCACCAGCUUCAGAGAAAGACAGGGUAGCAUCUGCUGGAAAGACCAAAGAAGAGCCAAGUAGCAAAACUGGACCAGGGACCACAAGUGCUGAAGAAGCUGCUAAAAUUUUGACAGGGAAACGACAGCUGGCUCGGGAACUAAAGGAUCGAGAGGAAUGGGAAAGAUGUCAAAAAGGAGAGGAAAGGAAAGUGAAAGAGGAUAUUGAAAAGAAAGCAGUUGACAAUGAGGAAAAAAGGGAAGCCGGGCUCUGUCAACUUGAGGAAACAAGGUCACCGGAAGAACAGCAGCAGAAGACAGAAGAGAACAAGGCCCAGGAGGAACAGGAACGUCUGGCUGAACUCCAGCAGCAGAAGGAGGAAGCAGAGGCCAAGGCCCAGGAAGAAGCUGCCAGGCAGAGGCGAGAGCGGGAAAGGAUCAUGGAGCAGAGUGUCCAGGAGCGUCUGGAGAGGAAGAAGAGAAUUGAAGAAAUUAUGAAGAGAACCAGGAAGGUGGAGCAGAAUUCUGAGCAGAGUGAAGAGAAGUCUAAGAAUGAAGCUGUUGAUGAGGACGAUGCUGAUGAAGCAGAUGAAGGAAGUGUGGAAACAGUGGACCCACUGGCCAAGGUCACUGAGAGUGGCUCACCUGAGGACGUCAAGACCCCAGGAGGGCUUAGUGAUAAGACAUUGCCCAAACUGGCUUAUAUGGAACAAGCUGAAGCUGGAAACAGAGAUGAGGCUGAAGGACUCGUCACCAAUGGUGAUGAGAUGGCCACAGAGCCAGGAAAUAGAGAUUAUUUGCAUAUGACUCUGGCAACAGAUUCUAGCCUUUCUGCCAAAGACAUGGUUACUCCCAACUCAGAAAUGGUGGUUGCUGACGAAGCUGAGCACACAUCAAACCUGAAUGGAAAAUCCAACACAUGGACUUUGGAUGAGAUUAUUGAACUUGGAGUUCAUGCCAAAUCCACAAAAUUGAAUUCCAGCAACAGUCCUUCCAAUAGCUGUACUCAAAACUCAAGUGAUGCUGCUACAUUUGCUCCAGGUCCCAAGUUAGCCUUUGAGGAGGAUGCAGGGAUGACUUCUUUGACCACAUCUGGAGGAAGCAAUUCAGAUUUCUAAACGGCUCCAGUCCUGGAAGUCACUGGAUCCCAUCUAAAGAUCUUUCUUCAGGAAGCUGCUUCUUGCCUUUACCCUGGUUCAACCCUGUUAAAAUCAAGCUCCCAGGAGAGGGGAUACUUCUCCCUGCGCACCUUGAAUACUUUCAGGGAGUUGCUGACGUCCUUUUGUGUUUGUCAUGUUUCCUUCUGGGGUGUUGGACUGUCAGUGUGACAUGGUUUCCUGGCAAAAUGUUAUUUCUGUUUCCUUUAAUAAUUUCCUUUAAGCUGUCUCUUGCUUGUUUUAUUUUCCCUUUGGCGUAUGCAAAAUGAUGAGGAAGCAUCUAAACUGACUGGUAAAUAUUGUACUUGAGAAGGAAAGAAUCUGCUUCCAGCCGUUAUUUAAAACCCCUCAAUAGCAUUCAUCCCUUGACUGUUAGACUCUCUAAGAUCCAAUCCUGGGAAAGAGAUUACUAGAUCUCUCAGAUGACCCAAGACUGCUCUCAGGAGUGGUCACAUUCUUAAAUACACACAUUUUGGUGGUUUCGUAGUUCUGCAUAUUGUAUUUUGCCAUAAUUUAUAUAUCUUUACUUUCAUGAAAAUAUCUUAAGUUGCAUUCUGUACAUGUAUACACACACACACACACGCACACACGCACACACGACAUACACGUACUACCUUCUGAAUCACAUGACCUGGGGAAGUGUUUGUCCCUGGUGUGGUUACAAUUUGUCAUGUGUUUUUUUUUUAACUCUUUCCUUUCACACUGCAUAUUUCCGUCUUCACAGUCAUGUAAGUAUUAUUUUCACAUAUGGAAAACAGUAUCACAGCCAUUGCCUUGUGGCAUUGGUUUGUUCAUUCAUAAUGGUCUUAGACUCUUUUUUUUUCCCUCUGGGUAUGUGCUGUAUUCCCUUACCCAUUAAAGGCUGCAGUAAGUGCUAUUUAACCAAAAUGUUCCUACCUUUCUACAGCAUGAAGGGAUGAAUUGCCUCCGUUGAAAUAGCUGCAAAGAAAUUCACCAAGAGUCUUAAGCCCAUGUAAUAACACACACACAAACACACACAAUGGAUAAGUGGUUUAUGAAAAUUACUUCAUCAAAUCCUACUUAAACCAUUGCCUGUUACUUGAGUAUAAAUUAAUCAGCCUAACUGCUAAUGAAUUUUUUAUUGUUGAAUCACCAGCUUUUUGAGGCAGAACUGUGUUCCUCUCUCAAACCCACUCUUGAAUGAGGAGGAGGGACCCUCAUCCUUCCUGAUGUCUUAGACCUUUGCCAUUCAGAGGAAUCGCUGGAGGUGAGAACAGUGCCUUAGGUCCAACAGUUGUACUUUUGUACCCUAGCUCUUUCAUUCUAGCAGAGACAAUCGUUUGAAGAAACAAGAUGCAGGUUUUCUUUCUGCACGUAGGUUAUUUGGUGAAAACCCGUUACAGCUGUAUGUAUAUAUAUGUUCACUCUACUUUGUAGAUGGAUAGUCGUUAUUUUAACAGUUAACAUAGUUAUUCUGUAAGAAUAGUACCCCUUAUUAACAGUUAUGACCAAGUACAUCAGAAAGAUUGAAUAAAUUCGACUCAAAUUU